AUGUCCGGAGUAUCUACGUCCACGACCGUUUGCCGGCCGCAUUUUCACGCACCGUUACAUCCGUGGUUAAGUGACGCAGGUACGAAACCAUCGUGGUGCAAUCCGUUCGGUAACGAAUCCGACAACAAACCACCGUCGCCGCUCAUAACAACGAACCACCACCCGAACCAUCAUAAUUUGUUCAGUUUUCCGCCGACGCCGCCGAAAGACGCGACACCGGAUUCCGUGACGACGAAUUCGACGACGAAUCACACGACGACGUCGACGAAUUCUACGGAUUACCAACAAAAGAGUGACUUUAAUAACAAAACGGAUUCGGCAUUUACAACGAAAACAACGAACUCGGGUGAUUAUAGUCAAAAAAACAUGGAAAGUUUUAACGUGAAUAAAAAUAGUGAGUACAUGCACAAGAACGAUUAUCUGGCACACGCGGCCGCACUCAACGCCGUAGCAUUCAUGCAACACGACGGAUUGGACGUGAAACCCGGUAUCAACAUGCUAGGAAAUGGCAUACUAUCAGGGAACGGCGGAUCGAACAACAAGCAGAGAGAAGGUAUCGAUGCUAGUGUUAGGUCGCCGGGAAACGAAAGUUCCUCCUCGAAUAGCGAAAGCGAAACGAGCGUACACCCAAAAAUGUCUCCUACCUGUCACAAUCAGGGUCCGAGUCAUUCACCCGCCGCCAAUCCGAAUCCUUGCUUUCCUCCCCCUCCCCCAUUGCAACCCUCGCCUUAUCACGAACACGGAAACUACUACGGUCAUUAUCAUCACGGGAAUUUAUUUAAAUCGAGCCAUCACCAUUCGCCGGCGGGGAUAUCCAACAGCUCCGCGACGGGGCUACAUUCGAACCUUAAAAAUAAUUCUAGAAACAAAUCGCGGUCGAGUGCUGAAGGGAGAGAAUGCGUAAAUUGCGGUGCAACAUCAACGCCUCUUUGGAGGAGAGACGGUACCGGACAUUAUUUAUGUAACGCUUGCGGGUUGUAUUACAAAAUGAACGGUCAAAAUCGGCCAUUAAUAAAACCUAAAAGAAGACUGUCAGCUGCGAGACGGGCGGGGACAAGUUGUGCCAACUGUAAAACUACAACUACGACGCUUUGGAGGAGAAAUCAAAAUGGCGAACCCGUGUGCAACGCUUGCGGACUUUAUUACAAACUUCAUAAUGUAAAUCGACCUUUGACGAUGAAAAAGGAAGGGAUACAA